AUGGCGACACCUGAACUUCAAAAAGCGGCUAUCGUCCAGCAAGGACAUGAGCCAACAUUCGAAAUCAAAAAUAUCCCUCUCCCAAAGCUAGGUCCAACCGACCUCCUUGUAAAGCUAUCUGUGACCGGUAUCUGCGGAACCGAUGUCGCUCUGGCUUCAGGCAAACUAGGUCCAUGCUGCCAGAUUCUCGGACACGAGGGAAUCGGUCGAAUUAUCAAGAUAGGCACCAGUAUCAAAGACACAUCCGUUCAAAUCGGAGAUCGAGUUGGUGUACCAUGGGUUCGAGACAGCUGUGGCGACUGUGCAAUGUGUCUGCACGGAGAAGAAACACGCUGUGUGAAGCAAGUCCAUUCUGGGAGGGCUGUUGAUGGCACAUUCGCGCAGUAUACUAUUGUUCCAUUCAGGGCUAUGGUACGCCUGCCUGAGGGGCUUGCUGAUGAGAAGAUCGCGCCGAUUAUGUGUGCUGGAGUAACUGCAUAUAGAGCGCUUAAAAUUUGUGGCGUUGUUCCGGGUCAAUGGAUCGUUAUUUCGGGAGCCGGUGGUGGAGUCGGUGCAAUGGGUAUCCAGUAUGCUCGCGCCAUGGGAUAUCGGGUACUUGCUAUCGACGCCGGUGAGAAAAAGGGGGACUAUUGUCUUCGUUUGCAGGCAGAGGCGUAUUUGGAUGUUUUAAAACACGAGAAUAUUGCUCAGGCUGUCAAGGAAGUUACUGAGGGACAAGGUGCUGCGGCGGUUCUUGUCGCUGCUGGGUCGACCAGGGCCUAUCAGGAUGCUUUCGACAUGCUUGCUCCCCUUGGUACACUUGUGUGCGUUGGCAUCCCACCUCCGUCCGAGAAGAUCCAAUUCCAUCCACUGCAGUUUAUCGAUGACGGAAUUCGAGUGAUCGGGUCCGUGGUUGGAUCGAAACAGGAUAUCGGAGAUGCUUUGAGGUUUGUGCAGCGAGGGGUGGUGGUGCCAGAGGUCGAAGUUGUUCAUUUGGAGGAUGUCCCUAGCUUGAUGCCACGCAUAGCCAUAGGGCAGGCGACGGCAAAAUAUGUGGUCAAACUCGACUGA